CGGAGAAGAGGUCGGAUCCGAGGGCAGCCUCUUCAGCUUUGCAAAUCUCACUCCAGGGUGCUAUUCUAUAUAAACCCACGAAUCCCGCCUGUCUAGAAUUCUGUCCUCCAAAACAACACGAUUCACAUUCCAAUCCUCCUUUCAAUUCCCUUGUUAUUCCAAACCAACCAACCCGAUCCCUCGCUUUACCCCCAAACCGUCCACCAUCUGCCACUAAGACAAUGCCCCAACCCCAAUCCAUCGCCAUAAUCGGUGCCGGCCUCUCCGGCCUCACCCUCGCCCUCUCCCUGCAUGCACAGGGCAUCCCCUGCAAAAUCUACGAGUCCCGCUCCGCCCCGCUCGACAUCGGCGGCGCCCUCAUGCUCUCCCCCAACGCACUCCGCAUCCUCGACGCGCUAGGCGUAUACCCCCGAAUCAGAAGCGAAGCGUACGAAUUCGACACGCUGUAUUUCAGAUCCCCCGAGGAUAAACCGCUUGACACAUUCGAGUUUGGCUCCGAAGCGAAAUACGGGUAUCCCGGGGUCCGGGUGUAUCGGCACGUGCUGAUCCGGGAAUUGAGUGCGAUGGUGGCCGAGAGCGGGGUGGAGGUCAGUUAUGGGAAGAAGUUCGUCCGCGUCGUCGCGGAUACCGAGCAGGGCGUGACGUGGGAGUUCGAAGAUGGGACCCGUGGAUCAGCAACGUGUCUCGUUGGCGCCGACGGCAUUCACUCGAAAGUCCGAAGCUACCUAUACCCGGACCUGCAGCCAACAUUCACGCAUACAAUGGCCGUCACGGCUGCCGUCCCGACGUCUCAGCUCAAGGUUCCAGACGGCUAUGGAUUACCAGUCACAAUCCUCAACAGAACCCACGGCGCGUUCGUGAUCGCCCCGCAACAACCCUCCGGCUCCGAAGUCCUCAUCGGCCGGCAGAAGCGCGCGGCGCAGCUUGAUCGGGCUGGGUGGGAUGCCCUCUUGAACAAUAAAGAAUGGUGCAUCGACUUCCUCCGCGACGGGGCGAGCGAUUUUCCAGAGGUCGUGCAAAAUGCAGUGCGGCACAUCGAGACGGACAAAAUCAACCUGUGGCCGUUUUAUGUGGUUCCCAAGCUUGAGACCUGGGCGUCCAGUUCUGCUCGCGUUGUUAUUCUCGGUGAUGCGGCGCAUGCGAUUCCGCCGAGUGCGGGGCAGGGGAUUAACCAGGGCUUUGAGGACGUGUUUACGUUUGCCGCGGUUUUGAAGCGAUGCGAGGGCGGAGAGGGGGCGCUGAAGAAGGCGCUCACGGUUUGGCAGGGCGGGAGGCAGGAGAGGAUUGAUAGGGUGCUGGAGCUUAAUGCGGAGAUUGAUCGGCGGCGAGGGCCCCGAGCACCCGGGCUGGAAGAGCAGGAGGAGACAAGUAGGGCUUUUGAGUUGGGUUGGUUGUAUAAAGUUGAUUUUGAGCAGAUGGUUGAUGGGUGGUUGGCCAAGGCGUAGCCGACGGACUUUUGUUUGGUAUUUGCUUGCGGAUAUAGAAUAAACGGAGUAUAUUUCCUG